AUGGCACCCUCUCUCUCGAAACCCACCCUCUUUCUGGCCCUUUUGGCCGCACGUUCCUUUGCCAUCCCGGCUCCUGUUGCGACUUCGACUGUUGUUCUGACCCCGACCCCUGUUGCCACGCCAAGCGCUAGCUCCACUCUGAGCUGCCUCAACAACGCCAGCAACGGCUUGACCUUCCAAGCCCAGAACUCCCAAUGGAACAUCGUGUGUAGCACCGACUACGCUGGCGGAGACAUGGGAAUGUCCAACGUGAACUCGUUCGAGGCUUGCGUCCGUGACUGUGACACAACGGCGGGAUGUGUUGACGUUUCCUUCGUGUGGCCCAAUGCAUGCUACAAGAAGAACGUCCUCACUACUGCCACGUCCAACUCGGCCGUGUGGACUGCGAAAAAGGUCGGCGUCUCCGGUGCGAGCACCUCCACCGCGCUCAGCUGUGAAAACAACAGGAGCAAUGGAGCUCAGUACACAACCUCCAAGGGGGCUUUCCAGGUUGUAUGCGGAGUCGAUUAUGCCGGUGGCGACUUGAGCUCUUCUCACGUUGCCUCGUUCGAGGCCUGUAUCGACGACUGCGCCUCUACCACCGGCUGCAUCGACGUCAGCUACGUGUACGGCGCCUGCUACAAGAAGAGCGUCCUCAACAGCAAUCCCGUCUCGGUGGCCUCCGUGUGGACCGCAAAGCUCGUCACGGCUCAGACUGCAGCCAUCGCUUGCCCCACGAGCAACGGCGCCUCCGCCUCCAUCUCGACCGGCGGCACAUACGACAUCCUCUGCGGAACCGACUAUGCCGGUGGCGACAUGGUCGAAGUCGACACGACCUCUUUUGAGCAGUGUCUCGAGGCCUGUGACCAGCACAGCGGGUGUUUGGCCGUCUCCUACGUGGCUCCUUCGUGCUACCUCAAGAAAACGCUCACGACUCCCGUCGCCGUUUCCUACGUCUGGGGUGCCGUCAAACGCGCUCCCACCGUGUGCCCCGCCGCGGAUGGUGGUGUUUUCACCGACGCGACUCGCGCGAACACGUACCACAUCAAGUGCAACUACGACAGUCCCGGCAUGGACCUUUACAGCAUUGUCCUACCCAGCUUCGAUGACUGCAUGAACCACUGCAGCGGCGAAACGGGUUGCGUUGGUGUCUCUUGGGUGCCUCACCUGACCCUGUGCUGGCCCAAGUACUACAUGCCCACACAGGCCAUGUUCCCGGACUACUACCUGGGCUUCCAGGUCUGGCUGGGCACCAGGGAUGGGCAUUAG